AGAAGGUGGCCCUAAGGCGGUUGGAGGACGGCAUCCCUAACCAGGCCCUGCGGGAGAUUAAGGCUCUGCAGGAGAUGGAGGACAAUCAGUAUGUGAGUAGGGGCAUCGUAUUCUCACUCUCCGUUGUUCGUUCCCAAUUCCUCGUGCCUUCGUUUUUCCAGCUACGCCUUCACCGGCUUUCAGGGUUUUCCUCCCUCUGUUACUCGCACACACUGCUCAUUCAUCUGCCUCCUUAACCUUUUUUGCCCUUUUUUGUCCACUUGUUCACCUUCAUUUACCUCAUUCUUUCAUUUCUCGCACAUUCACUCUCAUUUACCUAGUUAUUUCUUAAUGUGUUCAUUCAUUCGCCGACUUUUUUCUCAAAACAUGUGGUGAUUUGUAAUGUAACUAGCACCUAUUGAGCUCCCGAUGUGUUCUGCAGGCAUUAUAUACAUUGUCAUUUUGAGACCUCUUUACUACUGUACAAGGCAGGUUUCAGGAUCUCUGUUUCUCAGGUGAGAGGAGGAGGUUAUGUCAGUUAUGUCACCAGCUCAUGGGCCCUCCGUUAGUCAGUAGAGGGUUUGGCCCAGGUUUAAUUUAGAGUCCAGACAUUCUUCCCUUGGGACCUCCCGCAGGCUCUACCCUGUGUUGGGCACUGGUGAUACAGAGGAACCAGCUCCAACCCAGCUCCUGAGGACUAAAAUGUGUUAACAAGAGACAGAGGCAACAGGGCCCACCUAGUGUGGUUCAUGCUGUGAUAGGGUACCUGGAGGGGCUACUGGAACAGGAAGAGGGGCAUCUUUAACCCCUAGCGUCAUUACUCUUUGGUGCUCUCUCUCAUCCAUGUCGAAAUAGAGAAUGUAUUUGACUCCCUGGAGAGUAACAGGGUUGGGUCUCUGUGAUCCUCUGAGUUACCUGUGCUGUUCCCUGGAGAUAUUCAUGAUAUAUUGGAUGACAAAAGCAUGUUACAAAAUUUUGUGUCAUCUGAGUUUUGUUUGGAAAUAUAUAUGUGAAUGUGUAUUUGUGUGGGCCAUAUCUGUUGUAAAGUCUGGUAGAAUACACUGUAAGAUUGACUGCAGGAUUUUUCUUUUGUUCUUUUUCUUCUUUCGGAUUUUAUGUCUUACCUGAAUGUGUGCAUGCGUUUUGAUCUGUUAAAUGGUUGUGUACUACCUGAAAAAUCAGAAGACAGCAAUCACCAUUUUGACUUUUUGAGGAAGAUAAAAGGGCUUCCAGACAGACAUGUGUGGGAUGGGUGGAGAGAGAUUCAUAAGGAAGCUGGUGAUAUGGUCCCUGCAUCCAGUUGGUCAGCAAUUCUGAAGGUUCUAACUUUAAAACAUACUCUAGAUUUGCUCCUUGCCCAAGUCGUCAUCACCACUCAUCAGAAUGACAGCGGCAGCCUCCCCACUGCUCUCCGUAGCCACACUCCGGAGGGCUUUGUCAAAAGUGUGGUGCAGCUGAAGGCUGUGUUCCCACACGGUGCAGGCUUUGUGCUGGCCUUUGAGUUCAUGCUGUCAGACCUGGCCGAGGUGGUGCGCCAUGCCCAGAGGCCACUAGCCCAGGCACAGGUCAAGAGCUACCUGCAGAUGCUGCUCAAGGGCGUCGCCUUCUGCCAUGCCAACAACAUUGUGCAUCGGGACCUGAAACCUGCCAACCUGCUCAUCAGCGCCUCAGGCCAGCUCAAGAUAGCGGACUUUGGCCUGGCCCGAGUCUUUUCCCCAGACGGCAGCCGCCUCUAUACACACCAGGUGGCCACCAGGUGGUACCGAGCCCCUGAGCUCCUGUAUGGUGCCCGCCAGUAUGACCAGGGCGUCGAUCUGUGGGCCGUUGGCUGCAUCAUGGGGGAGCUGUUGAAUGGGUCCCCCCUUUUCCCGGGCGAGAACGACAUUGAACAGCUUUGCUAUGUGCUUCGCAUCUUGGGCACACCAAACCCUCAAGUCUGGCCGGAGCUCACUGAGCUGCCGGACUACAACAAGAUCUCCUUUAAGGAGCAGGCGCCCGUGCCCCUGGAGGAGGUACUGCCCGACGCCUCUCCCCAGGCAUUGGAUCUGCUGGGUCAGUUCCUCCUCUACCCUCCUCGCCAGCGCAUCGCAGCUUCCAAGGCUCUCCUCCAUCAGUACUUCUUCACAGCUCCCCUGCCUGCCCAUCCAUCUGAGCUGCCGAUUCCUCAACGUCUAGGGGGACCUGCCCCCAAGGCCCAUCCAGGGCCCCCCCACAUCCAUGACUUCCACGUGGACCGGCCUCUUGAGGAGUCGCUGUUGAACCCAGAGCUGAUCCGGCCUUUCAUCCCGGAGGGGUCAUCACAGCUGUGAGCAAGCACCCCACUGACAGGGGAUGGACAGUUGCCCCACAUAAGGUACAAGACCCCUCCUGACCUGUUAAAGUGUUGGGCUACACCUAGAACUCAGAGAGGUAAACUAUUGCCAAUUUGGCAAAAGACAAUCUCCUGGAAGCUCUCUAACCGCCUACAUCAGUAAAGGGAUUCAAUCAACAAUGGGAUUCUGGCACCAAUACAUCCCUUCCUCCCAUAUUUCUUCGUAUCCAGUCACCCACAACUUUUCUGCUUUUUAGUUAUCAAAACUGAAGCCCUUACUAGGGCAGAGCCAAUUUACCCUAUGAACCGAGAUUCCUGUUAUGCCCUGGGUAAUGGAAAAAGCUCACUAUAAAAUUGGAUCAGCAACAGAAACCUCCUUACUACAGUGGAAAUGGUAUUUACAGAAUCCACUCACAUUUAGUCCUACUGGAGUGUCACAUUCCAUGAGAAAAUAGCCACAUACCCUGCCACUGAGGUCAACUUGCCAAAACACUGAAAAUGCCUCUGCCUCCUGCUCAGUGGGGAGUGGAGGGAGGAUGGUCAGCAAUCUCAAAACAAGAAAACCAAUAGCCUCUCAUUACUGAUGAGUCAGCACGGGGCAUAAGGAACUCAGACCAAGGACAGCUACACCCUUUAACCCCAUUCAGACACUCAUUCCAUAUGUGCACUACUCCUAGCAAUAGAUACGCCAUUUUCCCAAGGUUUAUAUCUUCACAAACUCCUGGUUAAUGGCUAAUGAGCUAACUACUUGGUUGGGACUUUGGCAAUAUCAGAGCUGGAAAAUACAAGGCCAAGAUAUUCAGGGUAAAAAGAUGUAGGGAAAAUAAUCAUUAUGAGACAGUACAGGAAAGAGACUUGGUCUUUGUAGACUGAGGCUCACGGGGCUCACAUGUCCGGGCAUAUUACCUCCCCUACCUUCUUGCCUCCUUAACAAGCUGACCCAAGUCACACAGCAGAAGGGAAGCCUCUCCUAACUUAGCUGGUCAGGCUGAAUUCUUAACCAUAAAUAGAAGAAACUGACUGUCACCUUAAGUGAUGUCUCCCAGGGUUGCUAAAAGCUGGACUGUAGCAUUCCUGAUAAGAACCUGACCAUAUUCCAAGGUUACUAAAACAAAACUCUGGCAUUCUCUAUGAGAACUGAACCAGAUCCAGUUGGCUGAAGACAAGAUGGACUCCAGCACUGACCUUUCACUGAGUUUUCCUCAUAAUCUCAAUGUAAUAUGAAAAUCUCUGCCCACACUGGGGCUUAUCUGCCAUUUUCUAAUUAUGCAGUGUAUGUUAGGGCAUGAUGCCCCACUGUACAGGCACAAAGAAAACUUUGCCUAAACAGGCUUCUGACGGAGCAGGAGCAUCACCAUCUUGGACAAGCACCACCAUUUAAAAAUUCCCCUUGUUCAGAAACCGCCUAAAUCCAAAGGGCAUCAGCUAAGGUCAGCAUGACCAUAAACCACAAAUGACAUCUCCAACCAGAAACAUUCCAACCCCUAAGAUAAACCCCUCCCCAACCAGAGACAAGCCAGCCCCGAGAUAACCUCCUCCACGACCAGAGACAUUCCAAACCCACAAUAAACUUCUCCACACAGAAACAUUCCAAGCCUGUGAUAAGCUCUCUUGCCCCCAAACACUUAAAUCCUCUUAGUCUGUAAGAGAGAGUGCUCCUGACUGAAAUCGGCCAGAAGUCCCUCUCAUGUUCGUUCUCCAAAAUAAACCUGCCUUUGACUGCUGA